AUGAGUAUUACGGAUGCAAUUGUAGUAAAAAACAAUUCUCUCACUAAACAAGAUAAUGGGACAGAAAAUAUUACAAGCAAUACUGCUGCUGACACUGGAACUCGAAAUAAUAUAACACAAAGUUAUGAAAACUCAACAGAAUCUAUAAAUAAAAAUGAGAUUAAAUCAAAUACUCAACUUGAUCAUGUUAACAUAAAGAUAGGGAACGUUAGCCCUAAACCUUCCAAAAUAGCAAACAGUAAUAAGGAAGUAACCAAAAAGUCAACAGGGCACUACAAAAAUACCUUAAGAAAAAGAAGAUCAACACCACUUAUUUACGAUUACGUUACCCAUCAUGACCCAAAAAGUAAUAGAAAAUUGGAAAAUGAAGACAUUGUACUAAAUUCGAAUUUAGCCGACUUUCUAAUAAAGACAUCCCAUGAUAGAUUAACACCUCGUGAUACAAUCGAAAUCAAUCAAAGUAAACAAUCAGAAGAAGAGAACAACAAUGAAAAUGACAAUUUUAAGCAAAAUUCAUAUAAGCCGCAAAAUAAGAAGAGUCAAGAAAUAGACGAAAGUAGUGAAAGUUCUAGUGUAUCAAAAGAAGAUGAAGAGAGUAGAGAACUAUCAAACCAUAAACAAAAUAAUAAUGAUGAUUCUAGGGAAAGUAAGUACAACGGUGAUGUACGAGACGAAAUAUCGAAUUCCGAAAACUACAACAGUCGUGAGGUCAAUAGAGGAUCAUUCAACAAGGAUAAAUCUUAUUUAAAUGAUGGUGAAAGUAAUUCGAGAGAAAGUGAACAUAUCAGAAAAAUUGAUACCUCCCGUAAAGUAGAAGAUGAUCCCCGUUCAGAAUCCAACAGCUCUGAAAGCGACGAAGAGAAAUCUUCUAAUUCAGAAGAAAACACAUUAAGUGUAGACCGAGAUAAAAUACAAUUUAAACUACCCGUAAAGAGUCACAAUAGUGAGGAAGGUACAAGUGAUAGUAAUGAAAGUAUAGAGUUGAAAAUACCCAAUAAACCAUUAGUGUCUUCAAAUAGUUAUAGGAAUGAUAAUAAAGAUAAUGGAGAAGAUGAACUAAAUAGUGAGAGUAACGAAAGUGAAGAAAAAAAAGAUCAAGUGCGAAAGGUAAAUAAAUAUAGCGAUGAUAUCAAGCAAAGUGAGGAAAUAGACAAUGAGGAAGAAAAUAAUUUACGAGAUGAAAACAACAGUAAAUCUGAAAAUUAUGACUCUCCAACAGCUAAAUUUAAAAACAACGAUCCGAAUUUGAAUACCAACGUUAGUGACGAAAGUACUGAACAGUCAAACGAUGACAACAGCAAAGAGUCGUUUAUUUCUAAAACUAUAGUUCCUGACGUAGGCGUUGAUCUAGAAACUUUUGAUGCUGGCUUGAAUCAUUCUUUACAUAAAAAUAAUUCUAAACUUAGAAACAUACAUGAUGAUGAAGUCAAACCAGUCAAGGAACUUAAUGAGGAGAGUAGUACUGAAUCGAAUGAAGAAAGUGAAGAAUUACCACUUUUAGAAAAUUUAAAAGACAGAGAAAAUAAAAAAGAUUUAAAAUUAGACGUGGAACGAAUUCCGUUAGAUUAUAAAUAUGUACAAACAAUGCCUAAUAGAAAUGUCAAAAGUUCAAAGACUUAUUCACCACAGUUAGAUACCAAUGGACAAACAUCACCCAAGCCUCAAGAUGACGAAUUUGAUGAAAACUUGAACAUUAAAUUCAGUGACAUAUCCAUAAAAUUACCUGAAAUUAAACUACCUGAUGAUAUUUUAUCUUAUAAUUAUGAAAAACCAGUUUAUCCAAAGCAAAAAACAAGUAAUUGGCACAAUGAUGAGUCUGGAGAAGAUGAAUCGGAGACGGAGAAAACUCCAAAGGAACAUGACGACGAUAAUUACACGUACAGAGACACCUUUAGUAAGAAUUACAAUACGAACGGUAAACAAAGUUCUGGCAAAAAAGAUGAAGAUGAUGAAGACGAAGAUUUGUAUGAAAAGUUUGUUCGGGAAAGAUUUGGAAAGCGAAAAUUAAAUGAGGCGAAAAGUUCUAAGUAUAUAAAGCCUAAUAAAGAGUUAUUUAAUACUAUACAAAAUGUAUUAAGAAAGACUGAAAAAAUACAGCAGGAAGCAGAAAAGAGCGGUGACCCUAAAGCUGGAUACGCUUGGACGUUAGAAUACGGUGAAAAUCUGUAAAUUACACAAUAAGUUUAAUAGUUAUAGUAAAAAUGAAAACAGAUUUUUUUCAAAUUUAAAAGAGUCUAUAACUUUACCUUCUCAUUCUUAACCUUAAAAUAUUGUGUUGAAAAGGGAACUAUUUAUUAGCUUUAUGCUGGUUUUUAAUAAUAGGAAACAUAAUGGUACCCUAUAACUUCAGCGCAUCCUGGCUAUUGCAUUAUAUAGACCAAGAAAUUAUUCCUAAACUAAAAACUUAAUCCUGAUAUUAUAAAGAGAGCUAUUAGAAUAAAAAACGGCAUGAAUAUUACUGUGAGAUGUAAGCUCUUAGUAAGUGGCUUGAAAAUUACUGGGCAUUUUCAGCUAUUGGAGGAAAGGGUAAUUUAUGUAUACAUAUAUAUCUUAUUUGUUCUGCGCAAAUAAAAAGUAAUUUAAAGUAAUUGUUUGUUUUGCCACCAUUAAGCAAUAUUUUAUAUUUAUAGUCAAUAACGUAAAUCAAUUGGUAUCCCAAUGAAGUUUACAUGAACCAUCAGGGAUUGGUGUCGACUGGAUGACAAAAUACGUUGUCUUUUACAUAAAAUUAGUUUACUCUUUAUAGCUAUAUACUGUAA